CUCGAGCCCUUGGUAGAAGAGAUCUUCUAGCUCCCAUGGCCACCAUGAAUGGAUCGCCCAAGAUCGAUCCAGACGCCCUCGUCGAUGCCUGGCUCGCGCGAUUGGAUUCCUCUCUCGCCUCCGGCGAUGCAUCGGCCGCUGCCAAUCUCUUCGAGGAAUCCACUUCGUUCUGGCGGGAUCUCAUCGCGUUCACCUGGAACAUCGUCACGGUCGAGGGCCGGUCACAGAUCCACGCCAUGCUCCAAUCCACGCUCGAAUCAGUCGCGCCCAAGGGUUGGGUCCGCAACGGUACCGCCAGCUACAGCGCGGACUCGGGCGUCAUUGAGGCCUGGAUCAAGUUCGAGACGCGCGACGCGGUAUGUACGGGGCAUUUGCGCCUGAUGGCCACUACUUCCCUCUGUCGUACGCUACUCACCGCCAUGGAGGGGCUCAGGGAUUUCCCAGAGAAUAAGGGCCGUACGCGGCCCAACGGUGUGACGCACGGCGUCAUACGGCACCGCGCGUCAUGGCUGGACGGGCGCAAGGAAGAGGAGCGGACGCUGGGCAGUACCGUGCAGCCCUAUUGCGUCAUUGUCGGGGGUGGGCAGGCGGGUAUCGGGCUUGCCGCGCGGCUCCGGCAGCUCGGCGUGCCGUGCAUUGUUGUAGAGAAGAACCCGCGGCCGGGCGAUUCGUGGAGGAACCGCUACAAAUCGCUGUGCCUCCACGAUCCGGUGUGGUAUGAUCAUCUCCCCUAUUUGCCAUUCCCGGAGAAUUGGCCGAUCUUCGCGCCCAAGGACAAGAUGGGAGAUUGGCUCGAGGCGUACACCAAGAUCAUGGAGAUUAACUACUGGACCUCCAGCGAGUGCCUGGGAGCCCGAUUGGAUCCACAGUCCGGAGAGUGGGAGGUGAAGAUCCUGCGAGAUGGGAGCAAGGAGGUGACCUUGCGACCCAAGCAGCUCAUCCUGGCGACCGGGAUGUCAGGAUUUCCCAAUGUGCCACGGAUUCCCGGGCAGGAGGAAUUCGUGGGCGGUCUCCAUCACUCGAGCAAGCAUCCGGGAGGCGAAGCUUACAAGGGGAAGAGAGCGGUGAUCCUGGGAUCCAACAAUUCGGCCCACGACAUCGCCGCCGAUCUCUGGGAGAAUGGCGCCGCGGAGGUGACGAUGAUCCAGCGAUCCUCCAGUCACGUUGUUCGAUCGGAGUCGCUUUUCCGCUUCCUGACGCAGGAGAUCUACUCGGAAUCGGCGGUAGAGUCGGGGAUCACGACUGACAAGGCGGACAUGAUCUUCGCGAGCUUGCCAUACAAGAUCAUGGGCGAUGCCCAGCGAUGCAAUUCCGAUGCGAUCCGAGCCCACGACAAGGAUUUCUACGCCGCGCUCACCAAUACUGGAUUCAUGCUCGACUUUGGCGACGACGACUCGGGGCUCUUCAUGAAGUACCUCCGCCGUGGAUCCGGCUACUACAUCGACGUGGGCGCAUCCCAGCUGUUGAUCGACGGCGAGAUCAAGCUACGCAGUGGCGUCACCAUCGCGUCGCUCAAGCCGAGCUCGGUGGUGCUGAGCGACGGUACGGAGAUCGCGGCCGAUGUGGUGGUUUUAGCCACGGGGUACGGAUCUAUGAACCAAUGGGCCGCGAAGCUAAUCUCCCAGGAGGUGGCGGAUCGCGUGGGCAAGUGUUGGGGGCUGGGAUCGAACACGCGCAAGGAUCCCGGGCCGUGGGAGGGGGAGCUCCGGAAUAUGUGGAAGCCCACCGCGCAGGAAGGGCUGUGGUUCCAUGGUGGGAAUCUCCACCAGGCUCGUCACUACUCGCUCUAUCUGGCGCUACAGCUCAAGGCGAGGAUGGAGGGAAUCGCGACGCCGGUGUAUGGCAUGCCCAAGGUCCACCACCUCAGCUAGACAGUGUCAACUCAAGCAAUGGUCAAAGGUCAAUGGUCAAUUGCUAGUCAAACAGUCAAUAACAUUUAAAAUUUGGAGAAAAAAAAACGAAGAUAACCGUUGGGAAUUAGGUUUAGGGCUCUUGCUGCGAUGGAUGCUGUUUGAUUUCAUCCUUAUCCUCCUGACAAAGAGAUUUCGAAGGCUCUCAAUCCAUAGUACAUGAUUUUUCGUGUCUCCUUCUUGUAGGCUUUGCAAAGGGGAUAUUUUACAAGGCGAGUAGCUUGUACGAUUACGAUUUUCAUCACGAGAGGGCAGCUUUUCUAAAAAAGAAAAUUUCUUGUGGAAGUUGUCAGGCUCUGGGCAAUCUCUACAUCCUUGUACCAUCAAGAAGAAGAUAAAAAUAAGGAACACGGUACUGUGAA